AUGGUCCAAGCUGUCGCAGUGUUAAAGGGAGAUGCCGGUGUUUCUGGUGUUGUCCAGUUCGAACAGGCCUCCGAGUCGGAGCCAACCACGAUCUCUUACGAGAUCGCCGGUAACAGUCCCAACGCUCUACGUGGGUUCCAUAUUCACGAGUUCGGAGACGCCACCAACGGUUGUGUCUCUGCCGGUCCUCACUUUAACCCGUUCAAGAAGACCCACGGUGCCCCAACCGAUGAAGUCAGACAUGUUGGUGACAUGGGUAACCUGGAAACCGACGCCAAUGGUGUGGCCAGGGGCUCUUUCAAGGACUCCUUGAUCAAGCUUAUCGGACCCACCUCUGUUGUCGGCAGAAGCGUUGUUAUCCAUGCCGGACAGGAUGACUUGGGUAAGGGUGACACUGAAGAAUCUCUGAAGACUGGUAACGCCGGUCCAAGACCUGCCUGUGGUGUCAUUGGAGUGACCAACUAA